AUGCAUGAUUUUUGUACUGCUACUGCUGCUGAUGACAAUUUCAAUAAGAGCUGCUUCCAUUCCUCCAUCAAACAGUUUCUGACAGAUUUAUGCGAGUUGGCCGUCAUAUAUAACUACAAGCUCGAUAUCUAUGGUAGCAUCCACGUUCUAGCAGACGGCUUAGAAUUUUCCAAUUUGUUACUGAAUGAACAUUUGGAGAAGCAGAAGGAGAACAAGCAAUCUCUCAUUAACAACAAAGUGAGCAACAACAAAACCAACAUCAUGCAUACCAGCAACAUGAAUAACAACGAUAACUUACAUAAUAGCAACAUCACUGAUGACUCUUCUCAUAGUUUGAUGAAUGAAAGUUGCCAAUCCAAGUUGAGUGACAGCAUAAAACAAAUAAAUUCAUUCUCCAAACUUCUUUAUCAAAAAAAUGGCUGUCUAAAGAAGAAGAAUAGAAGAAAGCAUUUAGAAGUUGUUAAUAAAAUGUUAAUUGCAGAUUUGGAAAGCAAAGAAGAAACAGUUUACAAUGAUGAUGAAAAUAAUUUUUUGAUAGAAAAUGAUGCACAGCCAACUGAAAAAGUUCUUCAGACCCAUCAUAAAUCAACGAUGGAUGAAGAAGAAGAGCAUCUGAUUGACCCAAAUAUUUCUUUAUCUAACAUUCAGCAAUCAGCUGGUGACAACAACAGUUCUCAAAAUGUAAUCACAGACAUAAUCAAAUCUUAUUUGAUAAAUAUGGGUGAAUCCAGUGAAAUAACUAAGGAUGAUCAAAUUGAAUCAAACAUUUAUUCCUGUUCAAUUUGUAAUGCACAGCUAAAUUCAGUGGAAUCAUUUGAAAUCCAUAUGAAGUUUCACUCUUUGCUUAUAAAAUCAGAAGAUAUACUAGAAAGCUUAUCAAAUAAUUCUAACUAUCUUUCAGGUAUUAACAUAAACAGCAGUUUUUACUCUAGCAUAUUCAGCAAUUUUACUAACGAUGUAAUUGCAAAAUGUAAUGACCAUGAAUCUUACAAUGAAAUGUUCUCUAUAAAAGAAAAUAACUUUGUUAACACCAAUGAGUUUAAAAGCUAUGAAAAGUUAUUUAAAAGAUUGAACUGUAGCACAUGUAACCUAUCAUUUAGAACCAUGGAUGGUCUGAAGUGUCACAUAAAUUCAAAGCAUUCUCUUAGAAAAACAUACAAAUGUCAGUUCUGUCCAAAGGUUUUUCUCACUAGACAGGCUUCAUAUUCUCACAGAGUUAAAAUACACUCUUCAAGCAUCAACACAAAGAAUGUCAAAAAUAUCUGA